AUGGCAUCGCCGUUGUCUCCUCACCCACCCACACCCAUGGCCAUAGUCGCAACCUCGAACGCUGAGUUUUUUAGCGGCCGGCCGCUUACGACGCCAACGACCGUGACUGUGACAACGCGUGUCGUCCAGCGAACGCUGCCGUCACCAGCCUCCUCCCCUUUGUCGCGCCCUCCCAAAUCACAGUCCUCUUCUCCCCUUUCCACGCCACCUACCUCUUCUCCCAUGUCCAGCCCCAUCAAAAAGCGCAAGUCGGUCUCGCUGGGGGCCUCGGCUGACCUAGACAUGGCUUUACCACGCGAGGCCAAAAGGGUGCGGCGCGAGAAGGCACCAAAACGCGUCAGUUCAGCGCCACGACUCGUCAAACGCGCUUCAUCGUCUAGUACACUCAACUCAGCCUCGCCUGAGCCCCGAUUCCGAGGUAGUCGGUCGCGUUCCGUCUCCCAUUUCGCCACCCCAGACGACGCCCCAGUGCAAAAGCGGCACUGGGUUGCAAAGGGCGACGCGCUACCGCAUGAUGACUUUUUCAGCUCUGAAGACGCGGUCAGAAUGCAUCUUCGCACGUAUCGUGGAUACUUCAAAAACUAUCAGGACCCUUCAGACAGGUCAUUCCAACAAAGCCCCAAUAGAUACCCAACAGUAGAGCUGGAAUAUCCCAAUAGGACUGCAUCGGAAAAAUAUAUCCUUCUUGCUCCGGUUGACAAGGACCAUUACAACCCCAUAAUGGAUGUAGAGAAAACGCUGUAUACUAUCGUGGAAAAUUAUCUGACACCCGCUCAACAAGCUCUAUUUGGGCCAAUACCGAGUGGAACGCUCUUCAUUGACUUGGACGAAACCCCUCCUUCCAUUUCUCCCCCGAAUUCAACCGACAGCAGCCGCUCCAUCUCAUCCGACCUAAACUCUUCCCCCACGCGCAAAUGGCAGGGUCCGAAACCUAAUGUCCUCCGCGCCGUUCAGCGAGCCAUCCAUCGGAAGGACGGACCCGCUUUCAUGGAAGCAAUGGAAAAAGCCAACAACAUCCUCCGGGGACUCAAAUACCCGCAAUUGACAGACGUUUUCAUGGAUGUUCCAAACUUGCUGAUGAACACGGUGCAAUCUUGGACGGACAAAGAGCUCCCCAAGAACCUUCUUAUGCGUGUGGUCGAAGAGAAUUAUCAGCGAAGUGUUGGCCCAUAUAUGCAGUCGCUUAAGCAAUACGAGGCAUUUUCGAGUGCCGUUUAUGGCGAGUUGACGCCGUCCUUGAUCUACAAGAUAGUCCGGCAAACUGGUCUCAACUCGAACUCGCUUUUCAUCGAUCUCGGCAGCGGCGUUGGCAACAUCGUUGUGCAAGCGAGUCUGCAGUCUGGCUGUCACAGCUAUGGCGUCGAACUCAACCGCAAGCCCGCCAAGAUUGCUGCGAAGAUGGUCAAAAGCUUCCAGGUCAGGGCUCGAAUGUGGGGACUUGAAUGUGGGAAGGUCGAGGUCGAAGAAGGCGACAUGAUUACCAGCCCGCACGUGCAUAAGCUGCUGUCGCAGGCGGAUGUGGUUCUCAUUAACAACAAAAUCUUCCCCCAGACGUUAAACGAGCAAUUGAGGCCAAAGUUCCUGGACCUCAAGGAAGGAGCCUAUGUUGUUUCUCUCGCGCCGUUCGUCCCGUCUCUUAACGGGCGUGUUACUGAACGCAAUCUUGAUGACAUCUCUACGAUUUUCGAGGUCAAGGAGUUCCCCUACCACUCAGGCGAUGUGUCCUGGGGCAGCGCCGGUGGAUCGUAUUACGUGCACCGUGUUGACCGCAAAGGGUAUGCUGCAAUCCGUGCCGAACUCGAGAACUCGUCGCGGACAAGCAGUCGCAGUUCCCGACGACGAUCAUGA